UGCAAGUCGCACACUGUUUGCCGUUGUGCGUUUCAAUAUAACGUUGAAAUCAAUAAAAUUGUCGCAGCUUUCCACAAGGCUCUUAAAGAUCUAACCGCAUGGUUGUGAUUAAUUGCGAUUAAUCUACCGGAAAGCGAUUGGCACGCGAGAGAGGAUGAGGAUUUAUAUUGCCUUGCUGUCGUCAGAGAUCAUUGGCGAUUUCAUUGGCUUGGAACUCGAUACGUGAAGAGUGCUCGUGUAAUCGAGCAGACGUAUAGAUUGCGGUCGUCUUGCCAAGUAAUUUCAUAUUACUUUCAUGUAUAUGCUAUAUAAAAACGGAGAAACUCAGAGAGAAAGAUGAAAAAGAGAGAAAAUGGAGAGGGAGAGAAAUGCAAUGUUCCAUAAAAUCAAAUCUAUCAUACGAAUCGCGAUCCUGAGUGGACACGCGCAACGUAUUUUCAAAUCGCUACGACGCACAGUGUCGGAUUUUAUCAAAAACUUGGCCAUAAUUCUAAAUCAUGUUUUAAAUGCAAAUUUAUAACAUUUUAAGUGUACAAUUACUUUAAAUGCAUUAAUAAUACAUAACACGUUACGUUAGAUGCUCACGUUGCAUCUUGUCGCAAAAGACUUGGGUGGACUUCUCCAAUAAUAUGUUAUAAAGCCUUAUUCUCUUCAUACAUACGUAACGAUCACGUGACCCUAAAGCGAAAAAUAAUUCUCGAAAAAGCCCAAGAUACUAAAAAAAUUCGGUAUAGUGAAGGAAAAUGUUGAUUCAGCAAAAUAUUGAUUUUUUUUCAUAAAAUCCGCAAAUUUUCGCAAAUUUUAAAAAUUGCAGAAUAAACUACAUUAAAAAAGCUUUAAAUACAUACGUAAACAUUAUUUGGGGAAUGCCCGGAAAUGUAAUAAAAAUCUAAUCAAAGAUUGUAAAUUUAACGAUCCAUGAAUGAGGUUAAUUUUUAUGGCUUUUAUGCAAUAGAAAUAAGAAACGUUUUUAUAAUAUUCUUUACAUACUUUCUGAUGGCACCUCCAUGAUGUUAAAAGGCGAUGAAAUGAUAAAACAGUACAGUGUACAAUAUACAAGAAAUAAAUAGACAAUACAAAAUAUAUAUCGUGUCUUUUUAUCCGAGCGUCGCGUCGUAAGAAAUAUUAAAGUUUAUAUUUAUGAUUGUCAUUCGAGCUGAUACAUAUAUUUAUCUUUCAAUUAAAAUGUUCAAGAUCAUUCAAUACUUCUAUAUAAAAAUUUGAUUUUUGGCCAGAUUUUUUCAAAUUUCCGACACUGUGCGACGUGUGUGAAGUUAUAGCCACGUGGCGUUUGAAUUUUGUAUUUUCUUCAGCUGCGCUGGACUGCGAAUCGCAGCUCGGUAACUUGAAGCAUCUAAAAAACAAAUGAGGAAAACCAAUCUUUUCUUCAAUUUUUCAACCAAACUUUGGAGACGGAAGAAAAACACAAAAUCGAAAAGAUCUGCGGCUAACUUCACACGGAUCGCUACACACGAGUAACCGAAACGCGUUCAAUUCUUCUUGCUCCCUCCACCGCGGUGCGUCUGCGUACACAUGCGUGCUCCGGAGGAGCAUCGCUCGGCAUUGCGCAAACGUUCGUCAACGCCGCCGCGACCACGCACGCAGUCCACCUGGAUCCAUCUGUCGAAUCUGUCCGUAUCUCGUGCGCGAGCGCCUCGUCCGUGCUACGUGCGGCUACGUUCAGAGCGUACUUGUUGCUCGCGCGCUCUGCAAUCGUGUGUGGUGUGGAACAGGAGAAGGAGAGAGAAGGAGAGAGAAGGAGAGACGAGCUGGAAGAAGGUGGGAAGAAGCGGCCGGUCGAGCAAGGGCGAGAGAGGCAACGAGGGAGGAAAGCAAGCGGGAAGGAAAGAAAGGGAACGCACGCACGCACGCAUCCGAGAUAGACGCAGAGACGGAUACACGCACUCGUUCGCCCGACGACGGGAGACUCUGUCACUGGCGACAGAAUACUCACGAGCCGUCGCACUACGAGCCGGAAGCUCAUCAUGUCGCAUCACUUCGUCACCGUCUGUGUAGUGUGCGUGCUGUGCGCCGCACACAGCCCAUGCUCAGCGCACACAAAUUUGUCGGCGAGUGCGCGCACCUUUGACAAUUUCAGCGUCAAGAAUGACCCAGUCGACCCGAGUGUGCAGUGGUUCCGGUUGCCGUUGAGGUCCAAGGAUAGAGAAGCAGAAGAGGACCAGCCGAGAUCGCAUCCCAGUAACUUCGUUAGCAAUAAGCGUGAUGCCUAUGCGAGAUCAACUGCAUCGCACGAUAUUUACCCUAAGAGGAAGGUGGCAGAGGACUUCAAGGGUGGCGGGCGGGAUGCUGGUAUGCAGUCAUCGCUCGCGGGUGCGGAUGAGUCCGCGCUGGAGUCGAGGAACGCCGAACUUUUGCAGCGACUUGCUCAAACGGAGCUGUCGAGCGUCGACAGCCGGAAGUCUGCGCAGUCUAGAAGAGAUUUACGUACUAUUAAUGCAUCUAGAGUAAAAAGGGACGUAGACGUAGACGAGAGGUACUUCAUGAAGAAGAUCUUCGAGGCCUAUGGUGACGGGACGAGUAUAACUAUGGAGGGUUUCGAGAAACUUCUCCGGAAGCUCGGUCUGUUGAGAUUGUUGACGGACGCGUCGGAACUGGAAGCCAGUGGCUCUAACAGAAAUAGAACAAGAGGUAGUAGUAAGAACUUAGCAACUAAAGGCCUACAUGACGCUGAUAGUAAGAAUAAUAGAGAACGGUGCUUAAGUAGUCGAGAAUUGUUGAGCACUGUUGCACAGGACACGCACUACGCUCCGGACAGUAACGCUACGACGUUGCCUAGCUGGCUUUUCGAGCGCGUGUGUCCAGCUCUUGUGUAUCAAUUAGCGGCCGAAUCUAGCUCGGAGAGGAACGGCUGCAUACGCGUAUCCGAGAGUUACAAGGCUUUUGUAAACAAGUCGGUCGAUAAGUUUUAUAGCGCGGAGGAUUCAGAACGCGGUAGCACCGUAAAAGUCUGGGUAUACUCGACAUGUAGUAUUUUAAUAAUUAGUGUUAGCGGAUUACUUGGCGUAGCGGUAAUACCAUGCAUGGGGAAGUACUACUACCACCACGUGCUACAGUUUCUAGUCGCACUGGCUGUAGGUACUUUGACCGGUGAUGCCCUAAUCCAUCUUCUACCACAUGCGAUGAUGCCGCCUCAUCAUCACGAACACGACGAACACGAUCAUCAUCAUCAUCACCACCAAGAGAACUGCGCGUUAUCGAGUCAUACGGAUCAGCAUAGCAUGAAUAUGUGGAAAGGACUAGUAGCCAUGAUGGGUUUCGUACUAUUCUUUUUCACCGAAAAAACGUUGAACGUGCUGGCCGAGUGGCGGAAGCAUCGACAACGUCGCAACAAGUUACACACGCGCGUGCGAGUAAUGAGGGAAAGCGACGGGCCGAAUAGCAACGUCGUUGGUGAAAAAUUAUGUAAACACAAGUACUCAUCGUACCCAUAUUGUUACGGCGAGAUCGCCACCGCCGAAGCGCAAGAAAUGUGCGCAGAUAAUCAUCGGCAAAUCAAUCAUCACGAGAGGCCGCCCAUGAUCGAGGAGGAGAAACCGUUGACGUCUAAUUGCAAUUCGGUCACGAAGAUCGUCGCCAAUGACAUGGAGAAGAAGCCGAGGGACGACUGGAGGCUGGACGAGUCCAUUGUAAUUAAUGACAAGAAGAGCACCGAUGGUGUCGACGCGUUAAACGAGCCGGAGAGCUAUACCGUCAUCAUACGCGAGCAUGAGACCAAACAUCACGGCCACAGUCAUUCUCACGGCCACGUACACUCGGCUCCCGAAUCGAUGUCCAACGUGGCGUGGAUGGUCGUAAUGGGCGACGGUCUGCACAAUUUUACGGACGGUAUGGCUAUCGGUGCAGCCUUCUCGGCGAACAUAGCCGGUGGAUUUUCCACAGCUAUCGCUGUCUUAUGUCACGAGUUACCGCAUGAACUUGGUGACUUUGCCGUCCUGCUGAAAGCAGGUAUGAGUACCAAGCAGGCUAUUUUUUAUAACUUAUUAUCCUCGGUGCUCUGUCUGUUCGGUAUGAUAUUCGGAGUAUUGUUAGGAAGCACCCCCGCAGCGACUAAUUGGGUAUUUGCAGCCGCUGCUGGAAUAUUUAUAUACAUAGCAUUGGUAGAUAUGAUACCUGAAUUGUCAUCGAAUCAUUCCGCGGAUAGUGGUUCGCGAUGGCAAUUGAUUUGGCAAGCUUUAGGACUACUCACAGGUCUUGGGAUUAUGUUACUUAUCGCCGCCUAUGAACACGAUCUUAAACACAUUUUCAACACCUAGAUUCGAUAUAAAUAAUUGCUUUUGUAAUCAUGUAUUGAUAUAAAAUAUACCUCUUCCUAUUACGUUCGAAAGUCACUGCAUCCUACGAUUUAAUCUCGACGUUUCAACCGCUCUUUUUCACGAAUACACUAAAAAAACGAAUCGCUCUCUUUAAGAUAAUCGUUAUUUCAUGUAAAAAAAAAAGAACGUAAUGGGAAGUUUAUACAAAUCGCAACAGAAUAUUAAACAGAACAACGAUGUCUGCUGUAUAAAUAAAAAUACGGAUAAAUAGUUUACAAGACCAUAAGCAUAUUAGGUUCAGAGAGUGACAGUAAUUUUCUAUUAUUGAACGAAGUGUCAAUAAUCGAAUUGUCAAACGAAUCACAGGCUGAAUUAAUUAUUCGGUUGUCAAUUGCUCGAAAAAAAUGUAUUUUUCGUACGCUUUCCGAAAACAAUGCAAAUACUGUGCAAAAUUAUGUAAUCGUAACUGUUUAAAUUAUCAAAUAGUCGAGGAAUAUCAGAUCUUAAAAACAGGAAGUUUUUCUUUUGGCGCAACGACAGUAAUUGCACUUAAACUCACGACGUUUAAUUGCGUGAUCCGUACUAUUGCAUAUAUGUACAAUAUUAACGUAAUUUAUACGUGUACAGUAUUAUGCUUUGUGAAACGAAAGAGUUGACGAAUUUGUACAAAUUCCGAGUAGACUACAGAGAUUUCUACGGACGUGAGAGCAUUUAAUCCGACAUUCUUCGAUUACGCAGCUUCGGCACGACUAACGGUGCACGAGUAUACUUAAGUUAAUUUGCAGCAAUUUGUGAUAAUUUUACAUAACCGCAGUUUCUUAUGAAUCAAUGUACAUAUGUUAUUGUAAAUGCUACGCAUCUACUUAAUCACGAGAAUGUCAUGACCGAACAUUCUCGCAAUUUAAGUAGCUCCAAGAAUGUGAAUUGUUUUUAAAUAUUUCAUUAUAGUUUUUUAAAAGAUUGAGAGAGAGUAAAGGAAGUGCGCUAGGGGUGGUCUCAAGUGUUGCCUGACGAGUCAAUAUUGCUUAUGAGAGAUAUCAUACAUGACAAUAUUUAAAACUUACAUUAGUAUAAUUUUUACAACACGAGUGCUUAUUUUUCGCCAAAUAUUAAUAAUAACGAUAAUAUUAUUAAUGGUAAUGAUAGCGAUAAUUAUAGUAAUAAUUUUACGGGAAAAAUAAUUUUACGACUUUUUGUACACUAUAUUGAGAUAAGAAAUUCAAUUUUUCCCUUAUCGCCCGUGCUCUUAUUACGCGAUUAUUAAGAAAUGAUCUGUGCAUACUGGAAUGCAUUUAAAAGACGUAGCGUUGCUGGAAAAAAUUAUGAUGUAUUGCUAUGACACAUUAGAUAUAAUUUUUAUAAAUAAUUUUACACUUCUUGCCAAAAAUUUGAAAGUCCGAUAGUAGAUCGCUUACAUUUUGUUUGCAUAUACAUAUACAUGUAAUAAACAUUAUAUAUUAAUUUUUACAGAAAAUGCGAAAUUAUAAAGUGUUACGUUGUUGUAAAAUAGUAACUUUUAUUCACACAUGUGACUAGUGCAAUCAAACUGCACUUAAUAAACAUUAGCAAAAUAAAUUGCAUCCUUUAUUUCGAAACGACGAAGAAAGUGUCUCAAAAAUAAAUCUUCAAAGUAAUUAAAAUUGAA